AUGGCCUCUAAUCUUAAUGAGGAUGAAGAUGAUUUAGGUAUAUUCACCAACAAGGCGACCGUGAUGGCCAAUUUUGAAGAAUGGAUAAAGAUGGCCACCGAUAAUAAAAUCAACUCCAGAAACAGUUGGGAUUUUGCUUUGAUUGAUUAUUUUCACGAUCUUAACGUUCUCAAGGACUCAGAGGACAAUAUCAAUUUCCAACGGGCCUCCGCAACGCUUGACGGAUGUGUUAAGAUUUACUCAUCGCGAGUUGAUUCAGUAGCGACCGAGACUGGGAAACUGCUGAGUGGGUUGGCAGAACGUAAAAACGCUGAUAAUUCUGGUGGUGGAAGAUACGGACAAGAUGGGGAGGAAAACGCGGAUGAUGACGAUGCAGUGACGAUAGAUCCACACACGGGACUUCCCAUGACGGCGGAACUACAAAAUAACACCACUAGAAGGAGAAAUUAUAACCGAGUGUUGGAAACCACGUUGGUGGACUUCGAUACGCUUCGAAUACGAGAGCUUGAUCAAGAACUUGCGAUUGACCCGCUUUUCAAGAAAGCGCUUGCCGAUUUUGAUGAAGGCGGUGCUAAGUCUUUGCUUAUCAAUACUCUGCACGUUGACGAAUCUGGAAGAGUUGUGUUUGAUGCCAGCACAAAUCAUUCUUCGGACUCGAGGGCUUUCUCUCACAAUCAACAGGCGGUCGAAGUACCGAGCGGUCAAGACAACUCUGAAGGUGACGCUGAAGACGAAGACCGCAUGGAUGUCGACGAAUCGCAUGUGACUCCGCCACCAAUUUCAAGCAAAAGUGAAGGGACGGAAAAGUUACAGCUAGACGAUACAAGCCUUUCAAUCGAUAUGGAAGACGAAAUUUUGGCGUUGGGCAUGGAAAUGAUCAAUUUCGAUGUCAUUGGCAAAUCUGAAGUUUGCCCUUCAAUGAAACAGUUAAGAAUGGUAAUGGACAACGUUCAGAUGGCUAAGUCAUUUAUUGAUACGGUUAAUCGGAAACCUGAAAACUUUCUCUCCGAGGAAGAUCUCAAGGAGACGUCACCGGCUGAUGAGAAAGAGGAAUUAGAUGCAGACGGAUAUGCGGACUCGUUUGAUCAAAAUGACGAUUUUGAAAACGGCCAGAUUGCAAGAGAAAUCGAGGAACAUAGGGGACUGAAUGGGAAUGCAUCGGUGGAUUAUUCAGCCUUGGACAGUAACGAGGAUGACAAGUCCGCCGCAGAUAUAAUAACGAGUUUGAUGGAUAAUAAAAUAAUGGCUUAUUUCGACGAAACUUUGAGAAACAGUUGGCGAGGGCGCGAACAUUGGAAAGUACGAAACUUGAAGCAGAGGCUUCAAGCUGAUGAGGUCAAGUUGCCUUCGGCGAAUGAUGGAACUCCCAACGCAGAAGAAGAGCCCAAGGAUACGACCAAGAAUAAAAAACCCAAGGAUGUAUGCCAAAUCAAUUUCUUUGAAAUCGAUAGCCAUAUCGAAGAGAGAGUUUUUAUUCCUUUGAAACGAACAAACAUAGAGAUGCCUUUUAAGAUGAGGAAGUCUGCUGACCGUUUUCUUCUACCGGAUGACUACCAGUUCUCGACGCAGAAAGUGACCAAGCUUUUCAUCAAACCCGAGCAAUACAUGAGCUUCUUCACACACAAGAGUUUGCGAAACAGACACCAUGAAAUACCGGAGACGGCUGGCUUUGAUGUGGAUACGGAUGACGGUGAAAAAGAGGGUCAAAUUGCCGAUGAAAACUUUUGGGCCAAAGAAUAUGAACAGCAGGAUAACAACGCUCUUUUGGGGCAAAAUGGGACGGAUGGAGGCUCUGCGCUUGCUGACGGUGGUAACGACUCCGAUGAUAUUGCUCCGGAAGAAAACGACGCCGGCAUUGACUUCAAUCAGGCGUUCAGCGAGGCUGCCGAGAACUCCGAUACGAGUCUACUAGGACCUCCUCUAGCUGAUGCGGAGAGCCUCACGCAGACUUCGGUAGCUAACAAGGAGGGCAAAGUCAACUACUCACGUACUGCAAAACGUGUUGAUGUACGAAGGUUGAAAGAUAACAUAUGGAAAUCUAUUAUCAGUACCGUUGAAGAUAAGGAACUAGCACUGUCGGACGCGAUCGAAAAUGACCCAGAUGCAUGCGUUACGUUGAGUUUUACCGACAUUACGGAGAAGAUUUCGAGUGUCUACACUGGUGACAGCAAGAAAGACCUGUCAACAAGUUUCUGCUUCAUAUGUCUUUUGCAUUUGGCAAACGAGCAUGCACUAGAGGUUGCAGACACGGAAGAUUACCUGAACUUGACUGUCAAAAUACCAAGAUCUCUCAUACACAUCCAGGAAUGA